CGCUGACCAAUGAGCUUCCAGAGUACUGAGGCGGUGGGCGGGACCAAACCGGAACAAACGCAAACAUGGCGGCUUCCUUGGAUGAUGAAUUUGAGUUUAAUAACCAGGACUACUACUCUCUGCUCAACGUUAGGAAAGAGGCUACAUUGGAGGAACUAAAGGCAUCAUAUCGGAGGCUAUGUAUGCUCUAUCAUCCAGACAAGCAUCGGGACCCAGAACUGAAGAGACAAGCUGAACAACUGUUCAACCAGGUUCAUCAGGCUUAUGAAGUGCUGAGUGAUGCCCACUCCAGAGCCAUCUAUGACAUCUUUGGGAAGAAAGGGCUGGAGGUGGAGGGCUGGGAGGUGGUGGAGAGGAAGAGGACACCAGCAGAAAUACGAGAGGAGUAUGAAAGGCUACAGAGAGAAAGAGAAGAGAGGAGACUGCAGCAAAGAACAAACCCCAAGGGCACCAUCAGCGUUGGUGUGGAUGCAACUGACCUGUUUGACCGUUAUGAUGAGGACUUUGAAGAGAUGCCCGGAGGAGGCUUUCCUCAUAUAGAAAUCAACAAGAUGCAUAUUUCCCAGUCCAUCGAGGCUCCUUUGACAAACUCUGACACAGCAGUGCUGUCUGGUUCACUCUCUACGCACAACGGGAAUGGAGGAGGGAACAUCAACAUGACCGUACGCAGAGUCAUGUCAGCCAAGGGCUGGGGAGAGGUAGAGUUAGGUGCUGGAGAUAUAUUGGGACCUCUCAUUGGGUUAAAGGUGUUUCGCAAUCUCACUCCACGGUGUUUCCUGACAGCCCAGUGCGGUUUGCAGUUCUCUCCCCGAGGCUUGCGGCCGAGCUGUUCUCUGAUGACAGCACGCCACCUGGAUCAGAACACGAUGGGUUACCUUCAGUGGCGCUGGGGGCCCAACAGCGCCAUGACUACCAGUCUGGUCCGAGACACCAAGAGCAGCCACUUCACUCUUGCUCUGCAGCUGGGUGUGCCUCACUCCUAUCUGAUGAUGAGCUACCAGUACAAGUUCCAGGAUGAAGACCAGACCAAAGUUAAAGGCUCUGUCAAGACGGGCUGGUUUGGUACUGUGGUAGAAUAUGGAGCAGAGAGGAAGAUCAGCCGACACAGUGUACUGUCAGCCACUGUCAGCAUCGGCGUCCCACAGGGAGUCACACUCAAGAUCAAGCUGGCGCGUGCGAGUCAAACGUACCUGUUUCCAGUUCAUCUGACAGAUCAGCUGCUGCCCAGUGCUGUGUUCUAUGCGACUGUCGGACCCCUGCUGGUCUACAUGGCCGUCCACAGACUCGUCAUCAUCCCGUAUACGCAAGCACAGAAGGAGCAAGAGCUGGAGCUGCAGAGGAAGAGCUCCGCCACAGACAUCGCCAAAAAGAAGCAGGAGGCAGAGUCUGCUGUUCUGCUGAUGCAGGAGUCUGUGAGGAGAAUCAUAGAAGCAGAAGAAUCUAAGAUGGGUCUGAUCAUCCUGAACGCCUGGUAUGGAAAGUUUGUGUCAGAUACGAGCCAGAAGCAGGAGAAAGCCAAGGUCAUUGACGUGACUGUGCCUCUGCAGUGCCUGGUCAAAGACUCCAAACUCAUCCUCACUGAGGCCUCAAAGGCGGGGUUGCCGGGUUUCUACGACCCCUGUGUAGGAGAAGAGAAGAGCCUGAAACUACUGUACCAGUUCAGAGGAGUCAUGCACCAAGUCAUCUCUGCAGACACUGAGCCGCUACGGAUACCCAAACAAUCUCACAGAAUUGAGUCCGAGUCCUAAGAGCUCGCUGCUGUUGGAGCACCGGAAGGCAAAUACAGAUAAAACAGACUUUGUGUGAGCAGAAGAGCCUGAGAACGGAGGGGACACAUCAAAAAUAAGUUUGUUUCUCUCCUCUGGCCUUCUUCUGUCAUGGUAUUAGUGAAUCUGUUUAUCAAGUUCCUCCACUCCUCCUCUUCCUGUAGGCCAUUUCCCAGGUCCAGCAGAAUACAGCUCUGAGUUUCCUCCAGGUGUUACACUUUGUCUCCCCAGUUGGCUCCACCUGACAGAGCUGCUCAAAUAUCAAUGUGCUGUAGGAGAUCUGACGUUUUCCCAGAGCGUAGUUUAGAACAUGCGUCUGAUUGUCGCUGCAGAUGUAGCGAUGAUUUCCCCCAGCAAAGAGCUAACAGUGCACGGGUACAUUUCAACAUGUUUGUCGACAUUCAUUAUGUCAGGUGCAAACGAAGGAGCUGUGAUUUUACCCCAUAUCACUGUAGUCUUGGACCUGUAUGUGUGUCACCCUGGUAGUUUUAAAUCUAAAAAAUGGUUUAACAUAGUCAUUGCAAUAAUUCAUGCAAACGUUCAUGGUAACUCUAUGCAGGAUCACGCCUCGGUAAUGCCGAGGCCUGCCAGGACUGAGGAAUGACUGAAAUCGUGUUUUUCGUUACUCGCGAAAGUGUCUCGUCGUCAUGUAUUAUGCAUUAUAGCGCUGCUCAUUGUGGUGCCAGGUAUGAAGUGGUACUCACAACUUAUAUCUGUGAAGGUUGGGAUAUGGAGGGAGGGGGAGGGAAAGUAAGAGUUGCUUUGAUGGUUGUGAGCCAACCAGGGAGAGACAGGCUUGAACUCACCAUAUAGAUUUUUAAUAUCUCAUUCCAGGCUGCAGUUUAAAGGCAAAAAUUCCACUUGAAUUUGUGUCAGUGUUUAUUGAUUAUCUCUGUGCAGUUGGAGCCAAAAAAAAAAAAGAAAGGAUUUUCUGUAAUGAUUUUUAAUACAGUCAAGAUUCCAGUUUGUACUUCUCUGGUGUGUAUCUGGGAGAAAGCCAGCGAUGACAGUAAAUAUCGGACAUUGGGAAAAACAUGGAGAUACGACUGAAGAUUAUUUUGUGGUCCAGGGGUGACUAGAAGACGGAUACUUUGCCUCAUGUAGCUGGUUUGCUGCUGAUGCUGUCGCUGUAUCUGAGCCUCACUGGAACCACAUCACUGAUUGCGGCACAUUCACACAGCUAUGUUUAUUCAUCUAAAUCUGGUGAUAGAUUAUAUAUUUAGUCUGUAUACCAGUUCUGUGCCAUGUUUAAUUCAAUACUAUUCUGUCCCUCUUUGAUUAAAAAAAAAUCUGAAUGAAAUUAAUCUUGCUACGGCGAUAUAGAAGCUAAACCCAUACUUGUUCCAGAGGGAUUUUAUCGCCAUCCAGUAGGCGAAAAUUCAAACACUAACUUACCUCGGCUGUAGCUAUUUACCCAUCAGAGUGGUGAGGUUGGCAUGGUGAAAUGUAAUGUCUGACAAUACACUUCACUUCUGAUAAACAGAUAGCUGUUGUAGCACGGAGGCCCUUAAGUUUUAUCAUAUCAGUUGCACAACAGAGCAUCUCAUUUAGGCUCCAGUUAAGUUGAUUUUACUCCUACUGCUCUACUCCUUAUCCUGAUCCUGUGUAAGUAGUUAUAAUGGUCCGACUAUGUAGACUGAUUCUGUAACCAUAGUUAUUCUGUUUUUCUUUUUAAAAUGAAAGCCUGUAAUGAAGUACAGGGAAUUCAUGAAAACACUAUUGAAACAACUAAUGUAGGAUAUAAAUGGGAUUUUAUUGCAUAUAGAAGUAAUAUUUUGCACAAAAUGUACAGUAUUUAAAAACAAAUACUAGAGGUCAAUUGUCAUCAAAGUGGUGCUGAAACCUCUAAUUGUAGCGGUACACUUUUACUGAACUGCAGUUUGCAUCUACGUAAUAAGUAGUGACUAAUGCAGCUGACUUUAUAUGCUGUCCUUUGAUUUCAGUUUUUCCAUUGCUGUGAUUAGCCUGCAUGACCACAAAGUGUAGGUACUGUAGGCUUAAAAAUAAAAAAGGGAAGCACUGAGAUCUUGAUAUGUGGCAGAAGGGAAGCCUGUCUGCAGACAUCAGCAAGUUACAUGAAAACAGUCUUGUGUUGGGGUCACUAUUGCGGCAGCCAUUUUGCACUGAUUGUUUCUAGUAUUUGUCUCAUUUCUGUUGUUUUAAGUGUGUUGUAAAGUGUUUUUGUCUGGUCACCUCUGCUGUAGUGCCACCAUGAGGCCUGCAGAAAGACUGCUCCUAUUGUUACAUUCCAGCCCAUCAUCCAAACUGACUCGCAUUAAGAUGUAAAUGUUACGUAUGGUUGAGGAGCCUGUGUUCUGUCCUGUAAAGAACUGCAAUAAAUAUAAAAAUGUGA